AUCCAAUUCCGCACGAAAUCUUCGGCGCCCAUCAGCACCACCCGCGGCGACCAUGGCACGUAAUGAAGAGAAGGCGAACUCAAUGAUGAAUCGAUGGACUUCGAUGAAGGCAGAUUUAUCCAAGUCCUUUCUGGGGAGACGACCGUUCCAGACGUCUGAGUGCACAAACUUGGCCGAGGCCGAGCGAUAUCGCCAUCAAGUGGUCCGCAUUAUCUCGCGCAAGGUGUCGGAGAUCCAGAAUGCUUCGCUGGGUGAACACGUUCUUCGCGACUUGAACGACCAGAUUAACAAACGCAUUGGGGAGAAGAUUCGAUGGGAGAAGCGCAUUGUCGAACUUGGUGGCGUGAAAUACUCGACGGGGUCAGGAAAUGACGGAUAUGACGCUGACGGCACGUCGUUGAAGCGUGGCGGGUACAAGUAUUUUGGGGCAGCGAAGAACCUCCCCGGCGUGCGCGAGCUGUUUGAAAAGCGAGAUGCCCCGAAACCGAAACGAUCUCGGAAGGACAUUUACCAAGGCAUUGAGCCUGACUACUAUGGCCAUCUCGACGAAGACGAUGGCGAGUUAGUUCGGGAGGAAGCUUUGGUCGAGGCCAAGCGAGUUCAAGAUGCAAUCGACGCAUGGAACAAAGAGCAGGCGGAGAAGGACCUGGCGGCAAAGGCAUAAGCAUCGACCUGGACAGGACUCGACUCUCGUGCAACUUGAAGACAAGGAGUUUCUAAACUAAAAAGACAUUGCAUGACGCAAUGAGUCGAACCAGUCUAUUACAC